ACGACAUGGCAUGUUGUAUGGCCAUUUCAUAUUUAAGAUUCUCCACGGUCGUGUGUCACACCACUGUUUGGGGUUGAUUCUGAGCGAGUAUACCAGGAUGAGGGAUUUGGGCGAUGAAGUGGCUAUUCGGUGCGGAUGUGCUAUAUCAAUGACUCAUGGAUUACCUUGUGCAUGCACCAUUCACCGCGUAAUUACGCAAGACAGGGCGUCGUUACAUGUCGAUCAGGUUCAUCCAUUCUGGCGGACACUCGUUAUCGGAGAGCAUGCUGUUCCGCAUACGGUUCACCGUGAACAGGAGGAGUUGGAGCAGUUUCAGUUGAUGUUUGACCAAGUGUCCUCCAGUCACCCUUCGAUCAUUCGUAGUGCUACACACAUACUUCAUGACAUGUUCAAUACAUCGUGUUUGGAUACCGAGGAACCGGAAGGGGUCGACAACCACGGCGGAACAAGAGUGCGUUUGAGUACAUUCGCGGUCGUGGCCGUGGCCGUGGCCGUGGUCGUACAUCCUCAUCAAGUGGCAGCCAAUCAUCGUCGUCGGUUAAUAUGCCCGGCACCGGGAGAAUGGACAUUGAACAUUUUCCAUAUAAGGACAGGAUCCCUAAUAUCAUGAUGCCAUUCUUGGACGGGUGGAAUGAUGUCAUUGCAGAUGGUAACUGCGGAUUUCGGGUUGUGGCGGAUGUGUUUCAAAUGGGUGAAGACAACUACGGUUUAGUGCGGCAGUUGAUGUACAGUGAAAUCGCAUCAAACCGAGAUGUGUAUGGCCAUGUGUACGGCGAGGACUUGGAUAGGUCUCUGCAGCGUAUCCGGUGGGGAGGGGGACCUUGCGGUCAAAAUCAUUGGUUCGAUGCGCCACUUGAUCUCUUUGCCGUUGCAAACAUCUACAAGUGUGCAGUCAUGCAUUUCGGCCUUGGUUUACAUAGUCGAGCCUAUUAUCCAUGUACAACGGUUCUGCCCUGGUGUUCGCGCGAGACCGUCACCAGACCGGUAAGGGACGUUGCUAUUGGAUUUCUUGGGCCGUCAUACAGACAUUUUAUCCGAUUAGACAUGUCACCCGAUUUUUCGGUCCCACAUAUCAUACCGAAGUGGUAUGAAAUUCGUAGAGCAAGCGUGGAGGGUUGGGAUGCUUUGUACCAUGCUCGCGUGCAACAGUGGAACAAUUUAAUUGCCAUGUAGUUUUUGUUGAUGUACACCUACCUUUUACUAUGAGGCCUUGUAUUGUCAAUACUAUGUCAUUUCUAUGUGUUCAUUUUUAAAAGAUAAUGUUUCAUUUUAAA